AUGCUGCUGCGGCCCCGGCGGCCGCCCCCGUUUGCGCCCCCCGCGCCGCCGUCGCCCGCCAGCCCUGGGCCCGAGCCGCGGCUGGCGGGGGUGGCCCCGGGGACCCCGCCCGGGCGGCCCUCGUCGCCGGGCGCUCUGGAGGAGCCGGAGUCCCCCGUGUCCCCGGGCUCGGCGCAGCGCACGCCCUGGAGCGCCCGGGAGACGGAGCUGCUGCUGGGCACGCUGCUGCAGCCAGCCGUGUGGCGCUCGCUGCUGCUGGACCGCCGGCGCGCGCUGCCCACCUACCGCCGCGUGUCGGCCGCGCUGGCGCGCCAGCAGGUGAGGCGCACGCCCGCGCAGUGCCGCCGCCGCUACAAGUUCCUCAAGGACAAGCUCCGCGACGCGCAGGGCGGCCAGCCGCCAGGGCCCUUCGACGCGCAGAUCCGCGAGCUGAUGGGGCUGCUGGGCGACACCGGCCGCAGACGGCCCCGCCGCCCGCCCGGGCGCCCCCAGCGCGGCCGCCGCCCGGCCCACGGCGCCCCCGCGCCGGCGCCCCACGAGCCAGGUGCCACGCUGCUGCCGGCCGCCGGGGACCCCGCCUGGACGCUCCGGUUCAGCCCGUCCCGGCCGAAGUCUGCGGACGCCGCCCGGGCCCCCGGCUCCCCCCGAGCCCCCUCUCCCGCAGCCCUGUCCACCUUCCCCCCCGGGGCCGGCCUCCGGGAGGACCGCGCGCCUUUCCGCGACCCCGGCUCCCCGCCGGCCCUCGACCCUGUCCUGGAAGAGCCGGGCUCGCCGCCCGGUCGCCCCGAGGAGCGCGCGCCCCCGCAGGCCGCGCCCCUGUCGCUGAACGCCGCCCUGCUACAAACCUUGGGGCACCUCGGAGACAUCGUGGCCAUCCUGGGCCCGCUGCGCGACCAGCUGCUGACCCUGAACCAGCACGUGGAGCAGCUGCGAGGCUCUUUCGACCAGACCGUGUCUCUGGCCGUGGGCUUCAUUUUGGGCAGUGCGGCCGCCGAGCGAGGGGUCCUGGGUGACCCGCGCCAGUGA